CCUGGCCCGUUUAUCUCGAGUGAGCGACCCGGCUGCUUCCUCCUCCUCCCCGUAUCCUCUUUCCCUCUUCGUAUUCCUCUUCCUUCUGUUUCCUCUUCUUAUUCCUCUUCUUCUUCGUUUCGAUCGAUUCACCACGGCGGCUUCUUCUUCGUCUCCUUUGCUUUUCUGAUUGGAACCCUAGUCGGAGGCCGAGGCAGUGCGCUAGGGAGUGGAUCGAACCCUAGCCGGGGAUCGCCAUGGAUUCAGAUGUAGCAGAUGGUAUUAAAGAUUCUUUGGGGAUCCAAAAAAAGAAGCCUGGGCGGCCAUUCAAGAAGAAGAGGAAGCCACGAAACCCGGCUGGGAGGCCGAGGAAGGAAGCAACUCCAGCCGUGUUGUCACCGUCAACAACCGGUUGUGGGGGGGCGAGAAAGGACAUGCCUGGUGACGAUGUGCCGUAUAGACAGUGCAAGAUGUUAAUUGAGCAGCUAGGACCAGGAUUGUCUUCUGAUAAUGUGUCGAAGUCCUCGAGGAGAACUGAGAGACAGACCACGAGGUGGUCAAAACCGCCAGCAGCACCAAAGUCCGCUCCUCAAACUGGAACCAACAGAGGGCGCGGGAGGCCAAGAAAGUACAAGCGGCCAGCAGCACCAAUGCCUGCUGAAGCUGAAGCUGGAGAUGCCGCGUCAAUGGGAAAGAGAAAGCGCGGGAGACCAAGGAAGGACAAGCCAGCAGCACCAAUGUCUACUGGAGAUGCCACUUCAACGGGAAUCAAGAUUGGGUCUCUGCAGCCAGAAAUGCAGAAGUCAACGGCAGCAAUGCCUGAUAAAACUGAAGAUGCUGCGUCGGCGGGGAUGAAGAGAGGACGCGGGAGGCCAAGAAAGGACAAGUUAGCAAUGUCUGCUGAAGCUGGAGAUGCCGCGUCAAUGAUAAUUAAGAAACCGCCCGGGAGGCCAAGAAAGCACAACCUAGAAGUGUUAGGCCUAGUUCAAUCUGAUGCAUGCAACAUAUGAGCUUAGUUAUCUGUUUAAAAAUAAUGUUGUGCAUGGUCGGGAUGUGACCUGCACAUGCACGUACUGGGACGCUGCCUCUAGCACGCAGCCUGCUCUUUCCGUUUUUCUCUCCCGGUCAUUGGCGUUCGCUUGUGAUCCAGUCGCUGGAUGGGGCGCAGAUACGGAUCAAGGUAGCCCGGCCGAGAGGUAGUGCAGGAAAAAAACUUAU